AGUGUCAUAUUGUUAUGUGACCAUUAAUUUAAGAAUGUAUAUUUUGAACUUGAAGUAUUGUAAUUAAAACUUAUAAAAUGUUGAGUAUCAAUUAAUUUAGCAGCAGUUUAUUAAUAAUUCCAGAUAUUUAAUUCAAUUCUAGGAAUCGUAGUGUACAAAAUUUGAUUUUGCUGUUAUACAAAUUUUAGGUUAUCUAAGAAAAUGUUGAAAUUAUCUCACAUAAUUGUAACUUGUUCUAAAACUAAGAGUAGAUUACGAACAUUAGUACGAUUUAAUAAUUUUUCAUCAUCUGUCCCCACUGCCGAACUGAAAAAUAAUGGACACAAUUCAACAGAAAGUUAUAUCGGUAAUCAACAAACAUCAAAAAACCCAGUUAUAAAUUCAAAAGCUAAUAGUGCUAUGGUAGCUGCUGCAUUUGCUUCAUUACAGUCAGAGCAUCCAUUACCAGAUAUUAAAACACCAUUUACUGACGAAAGAAUUACUAAAGCUACAAGUAUUGAUGAAAUAUUAUCAAUUUCAGAAGGAACUGGUGUAUCCAGAAGGCAUGCAUUAAAAGUUGUGUCAGUAUUAGCUGAUUGGUCUACAUCAGGGAAAGUUAAAUUAGCAGAUUUUGACAGUGAUCCUCGUUUUAUAAAACUAUGUCGAAUUUUAACAAAAGGAGCUGUAAAUUCAAAAAACAGGAAUUCAGUUUCAUCGCGAAGUGAAGAUUUAUCGACUAUUCUUAGUGUAACUGCAGAUGAUGAAGCAGCAAAACUAGUUGGAAGUAUUACAUUACCGCAGAUGGUUAAAGUCAUGUCAACACUAUCUCAAAGAAAAAGAAGGUCAACUUUAUUACUUCGUGCAUUAGCUUAUAAUAUUACAGCAAGUUCAGAUCGAUUAGAUCUUAAACAAAGUAGCGACUUACUAUAUAGUAUGUCUACAUUAAAUUUUCCAGAUGAAAAUUUGUUAUCAAGAAUUGGAAAUGAUGUGUGUAUUGAUCUUGAAAGUGAUGUGAAGAAAAGUGCAGUAAUUGGAUCAAUAAUAACUAGUGUUGGAUUAUUAAAAUAUAAAAAUUCAGAUCUUUUGGACACCCUUAGUCAAUGGGUAUUAAAAAAUCAUGCAAUAUGUCGACCCCAAGAUAUUUUUAGUUUAUUUAUGACUUUAGCAGUUCUUCACUACACUCCUAAUAACUGUGAAAAGUUAUUUGAGGAAAUAAUACCUCAACUGACACCUUCUGAAGCAAGUAAACCAUUGGUUUGGUUGGACAUAGUCUGGUCGCUAAUGUUACUAAAUCAGGCAAAUCAUGAACAUAUAUCUUCUGUUUUAUCGAGCAAUUUUUUGGAUAGGCUAGAAGUUAAUCCGUUAAAUGUGUCUACACAACUGAAAUUGCUAAACAUUGACGGAGCCGCUAAGCAUUUAAUUCAAGAAUAUAAGGGACCUAGGCUGCCUACGUCAUCGCUUAUAAGAAAUGGCAAAAUUUCCUACAACAAGGAUAAAGCUGAAAUGGUGGAGGCAGUAUUGGAUUCUUUGAGGAACUUGAUACAAUCUGAAAAUCUUAUCAGGGCAAGAAUCAACUCUGGCCUCGGGUUUCUCAUAGAUGCAGAAUUUUCGUUAGAUAAAAAAUGUAACCCUGUUCUUUUAAGCCAAACAAAUUUAAACGAUGGAAUCUUGAGGAUUGCCUUAAUGGCAUACGACUAUCAUGACAUGACGAGAGGAAGAGUUGAACCAACUGGUAUAAAUGUUUUAGCACAUAAAUUAUUAGAGGCACAAGGAUAUAAAGUUAUUAUUAUACCCCACACCGAAUUUAAGCCAAGAGAUAAAUUAAUACAUAGAGUUAAAUAUAUAGAAAACAAACUUAAAGAAGCAGUAAAAUGUUAGCAUGAAGUCGUUGAUUUAUAAAGGUCAUUCGCACUUAUAAUUUAUUUCUAAUAUAUUUGUUGAUGUACAUUAAUAAAUAUUUUAUACUACUGAUGGUAGUAUCGUAUCGA